GAUCAUAAAGAGUUGGAGACACAAGACAGAGAAGUAGACAGAGAGAGUGUGAGAAAAACACAGACAAAACAGAGAAAUAGAGUGAGAAAACUAAAGAAAGCCUCUCCUGCUUCUCUACCCUGACUCCUACACCCUGCUCCCUGUCCUACACCUCUGCCCCCAUUCCCACUCCCCUGGCCCCCUCCCACUCCUCACAAUCCACCCUCACUCCCCCUCCCACUUUCCUGCCCCCUCUCCCGUUCCUAACCAUGCUGGUUAGCAGGUGACCAUGUUAAGUUGGAUAUGUUCUGCAUUCUCCACUCAGGGUGGGUAAGCAGUGUGAAGAUGGUUGAGAUCAACACAGCUCUUACUCCAUUGGCGCUCUAUGAAGAGGAUAUAGAUUUACCAGUGGAGGUGGCAGCCCGGCGGAGACAGAUGGUGAAGAAACGUUUGCAGGAUUCUCCUGCUCCAUUCGUGAUUGGCUCAAUGAACCUGGUGAAUGAGAGGAUUCAACAUUUCAGUGGCACAUUGCAUGCUCAUCCUGAAGUCUUGCUUGUUGAGACUCGAAAUAAAGAAUGUGUGCUACCGGCCUGCAUCCAAUCAGAAAAAUUGAGACCACCGCAUGGUUCAAAAUUUCCUGAGAUACCUUUGGAGAAACGCCCAAAGAGCAAGCGUUCUGAUGUCCAGCCAAAGUUGGUGGAGCUUCAGCAAUAUCCAGGGUUCUGCACGGAGGAACCGACUCCACUGCCCAACGAAACAGACCUGGAGCAGAUCUGGGCGAAUGUGCAACAGGCUCGCACACAUUGCUUGAAACAGUCUGGUUACUUAACUGUGUUCCAGCAGUUACUCCACUCCACUCUGGUGCAGAACCUCCUCCUGGAUACCUUUUGGUGGAUUUUUCUGCUCCUCUACCAGACUGAUUACAGUGUGCAGUGUCAACUGUUUGAUCGUAUAUCAAAAAAUUAUGUUCAGCUGAUCAUGGACUGUCAGAACUAUUACUAUGGAGACCGAUUUCUUCAGGAACUGCCCAGCACUCUCAGUCAGGCUGUGUAUGUCAGCUUCUGCUGCACUUUUCCCCAGUCUUGGAUGCAGUUUCACAACAAUGAUUUCAGAUCACAACUAUGCAACAUCGUGUACCAAUGGUUUGGAGGCGUGCAGCCAAUACCAAGGAUUUAUAACAACUGGAAUUAUGAUGUUUUACUGCCACAGGAGGUGAAAGAUAUGAAAUCACGGACAACACAAGACACAGACCACGAUAAAAGUAUUGGAAAGAAGCUAUCCCUGAUUGACUUCCAUUCAACCUAUGAAGGGAGCUGCAACUUAGAAUCUAACAGAUCCUCAGUGACUUCAGUCAACCAUAAGCUAUCGAUACAAAACAAGUCUUUCAGGUCUGCACCCAGGCUGUCACAGAACACUUCAGUUCAAGUAAAGAGGAAUUCCAAGGUUCAGAGAAACUCACAUGUGAAAGUUGAUAACAAUCAACUCGAUAACAAGUCAACCAGCUCUCUUGGUAAUGUCCGGUUGGUCAGCAACAUGAUGUCAAGCUCCCAAAGAUUGACUCGAAUUCCAUCUCACAAACAGUCCCAUGUAGUGGGACCUGGGCCAAAGUUCGCCAAGAAUUUAUUUAAUUUGUUUGGCCUUAGUCCUCUGGUUCUGAACUUCCUCCAACGGUUAAACCUUGAGCCACGAGCUGGAGAAAACCUCUAUGUUACAAGAACAGAGAUACAACACUUACCAUCAGAUGAUGCUCCCACAUACAGUGAUGUGAUUAAAACAGGAAUUCAGAACCUGCUGAAGCUGAAAGAGAUGAAACAGAAACUGUUGCAGCAGCAGCACAAGAGGAUACAGUAGCUGUCACAGCAGCGUCAAAUAGCAGGCCAGGUUCCAUGACCCAUCACAACCCCAAUGAUGUGUGCCUCUACAAAGGACUCACUUGAAGCACUCUGACACCUGGACCCUGGUCAUUCUCACAGUUGCCAAGAAAAACUGGAGAUGUACACGAAGCCUGGUCUCUAACUCUGCACCAUUGCUGAUUCCAAAUAAAUGUUCCAUUGAGAACACUGA